AUGUCUUGUUCUUCUUCAUCGAAUAGUAUUAAUAAACAAGUGAUUAUUUCUCUUCAUGGUUAUUCACAUGAAGUAUGUGUGGCCAUUACACAUGCGGGAUAUUGGCAACAGUUAAUUAGAAAAACGGAUGUUUCAAUAAAUUUCCACGGAAAAUAUAUUCCAAAGGAAGUUGAUUCGAUCUGUAAUGAAUUGAGACUUCAAUUGAUUAUUCAAAUACCGGUUAAUAAGGAUAAGAAUCAGAUCGAUCUUAUAGUGAAUCGAAUUUGUCAUGAUUUAAUAUUAUUUGACAACUAUGACGAACCUGUUUAUGAUGUUAAUAACCGACAGAUGUUGGUCUUUGGUUCGCUAUUCAAUUCUUUGCCGAUUGGAAUCUUUAGUUUUGAGCGAAAUUUGCUAGGUGAAGAUAGUUGUAAAAUCAAAGAACUAGAACAUCUAUUUGAAUGUACAAUUAAUGUCGAUAAAUUAAGUUCAAAUCGAUAUCGGUUUAGAAUCUGUCACGAACAUUUCAUUAUUAUGGAUCUGGUUGCAAUUCAAAUUCAGUCAAUUGUCAAACAAGUUCAACAUCAAUAUGUCAUUGCAUUCGGUAGAUAUCUUAAACAAACUUUAUUUCAAUCAAUGGAACGAUCCGAAGUAUACUUAUAG